CAUCCCCCACCCAGCUGGAGACGGCCAUGGACACCAUGAUUAGAAUCUUCCACUGGUGCUCUUGCAAGGAAGGGGACAGAUUCCAGCUCAGCAAGGGGGAACUAAAGAUGCCCCUGCAGAGAGAGCUCAUGGAAUUCCUCUCAUGCCAAAAGGACUCCCAGCUGGUUGAUAAGCUAAUGCAGGAACUGGAUGCCAGUAAGGACAAUGAAGUGGAUUUUAAAGAAUUUGUGGUCACGGUGGCGGCCCUGACGGCUGCUUGUAAUGAUUACUUUGUAGAACAGUUGAAGAAGAAAGGAAAAUAG